AUGCGGGAUAUGACAGCUAAGCCUCAUGAUGCAGAUGACGACCUUCUCGCUGGUGCAGAGAGUAUCUCACCUGACGACAUUACUGCUGAAUCUGCGGUUCUCGAAGAGUUGAAGAUUGAAGAAGUCCAAAACAUUAACAAAGUUGAAGUGCUGGAGGAAAAUGCUUUUGAUUUUGUUCAACGAGGAAUAAUAUCACAGGCUAUUUUAGAUGAGGCUCAACGAGAUGCUACAGUUGUGCCGGUUAUAACUUGCACAACUGACCGCGAGGCCCGAGUAGUUUUACUAGCUGCUGACUCUUUUAACCCGCUUCGAGGACUGGCAGGUCAGCUGGGGAUCCUAAAGCGCGCAGUGUCACAACCCAAGUUCUUGCAACAAUCAACAUCUGUGUCGCAAGGUUGGCCCGCGUUCGAACAUGCGCUAACGAACAUAGAUGCUGUCAAAGCAACAACAACGGCAAGGAAGGAGAAGCGCAUUUUCUGUGUGAGGUGA